UUGUUAAAACCACUGGCACAAAAAGUUUUGUUGGGAAUGGUCAGAAUUCGCAAUUUACAUAUAGUACUGUGAAAAGGAUGACGUCACAGAAGACGGAUUUAACUCAGGAAAAAAGUAUAUUUUGUCACUCAAAGUGGUGGAAAUCCUUUUUCCACGAAAAAUCAAUCUUGGAUUUAUCGUCGGUUGAACAAUGCCGCGAUGAGACGAUUCACGACUGUUACACGAUGACGACACGGUUAUUUCGCGCGCAUGGGGAGUUCUGUGCGACGCAUCCCUGGGAAGUUAUUGUAGCCACACUCACCCUGGCAGCAUGUAUGUUGACAGUUGAUCAGCAACAGCCGGCACCACCCCCUAAACCACCCCUCCGACAUUGUGCAGAAUGUCUCCAUGAGGCCGAAUAUAAUGCUGCCGACGUGAUUGUUAUGACGCUAAUUCGCUGCCUGGCCGUUCUCUACUGCUACUACCAGUUUUGUAAUUUGGAAAAAUUAGGAUCGAAGUAUAUUUUAGGUAUUGCAGGAUUGUUCACUGUUUUUUCGAGCUUUGUAUUUACGUCAACCGUACUGAACUUGUUGCGGAUUGAUGUAUCAGAUUUGAAGGAUGCACUGUUUUUCUUUCUUCUGCUGAUCGAUUUAUCGAAAGCCGCGAUGUUGGCUCAGACUGCUUUAAGCGCUUCUAAUCAGGAAGAAGUUAAAAGCAACAUCGCUCGAGGAAUGGCCGUCUUGGGACCUACAAUUACUUUAGAUACCAUUGUUGAGACUCUAGUCAUUGGUGUUGGUACACUUUCAGGUGUCCAUCGCCUUGAAAUGCUUUCGUAUUUCGCAUGCCUUUCUGUUUUAGUCAAUUAUAUUGUGUUUAUGACAUUUUAUCCAGCCUGUUUAUCAUUAAUAUUAGAGUUGUCUCGAACAACAAAUAUUUAUGGUAACAAACAAUCCCUGAUCGCACGAGCGCUGAAGGAGGAAGACCACAAAUCGAACCCGGUCCUACAAAGGGUGAAACUUAUCAUGUCGGCAGGAUUAAUGUUGGUGCAUGCUCGCAGUCGGUGGCCCUUUAAAGAAGAUGACGUGGACAAUAUCAGACCUUUAGUCGUCGAGCAGCACAUGACUUUAAAUCGCACGGACGACACAACCUUACACGAAUAUAUUAUGAAAUGGGUUACCGUUAGUGCGGACCAUAUCGUCAUCUUGAUCCUCUUGUUAGCGUUAGUAGUGAAGUUCGUAUUUUUUGAAAACAAAGAAGACUUAGCGGAGCAACUCAGAGCACACGUUUACACGGGACCCGAGCCGAAAACAAAGCAUAAGCAAUUUAAAAUGCCCCUAAUAAAAACGCCGUCGUUCUUCUUAAGCGGCGACGGGAACGACGAAGACGCAACAUUCGAAGACAAAGAAGUUCAGACAGAUAUUGCACGUUUCGAGCCUGGCUCUGAAAAAUCGUUAACAGAAAACAAGGACGCGUCCGUGAAGGCAUGCAGAAGCAUAGAGGAAUGUUUGAAAAUAUACAACGAUACCAAUUUGGGCGGUGCAGUGCUGAGCGACGACGAAAUUAUUUUGCUCGUUCAAAACAAACACAUCCCUGCCUAUCAAAUCGAGAAGGCCGUCGAUGAUCCCGAGCGAGGCGUAGGAAUCCGAAGGAAAAUUUUGACCGUCGACGGAAAACUUUCCGGGGCUCUCACAGAUUUGCCAUACAGAAAUUACGAUUACGGCAAAGUAAUGGGGGCGUGUUGUGAAAACGUUAUCGGUUACAUGCCAGUGCCCGUCGGGUUCGCAGGACCUCUAAAUCUCGACGGACGCCACGUAUACGUGCCGAUGGCCACGACGGAGGGAUGUCUGGUCGCGAGCACCAACAGGGGCUGUCGGGCGCUGAUGGGCUGCGGCGUCACCAGCAGAGUGGUAGGAGACGGCAUGACGCGAGGGCCAGUCGUCCGGUUCCCUUCCAUCACCAAAGCCAGUGAAGCCAUGCACUGGAUGAAGUGCCCCCAAAACUUCGAAACUAUGAAGCAACAAUUCGACUCCAGCAGUCGGUUCGCAAGACUGUCCAAACUCUUGAUAAGAAUAGCCGGUCGGCACUUGUUCGUGCGGUUCGAAGCCCAAACCGGGGACGCCAUGGGCAUGAACAUGGUGUCGAAAGGCACCGAGAUGUCGCUGAAGUAUGUCCAGAAGCAAUUUCCCGAAAUGGAAAUCCUCAGUCUCAGCGGCAACUUCUGCACGGACAAGAAACCCGCCGCCGUCAACUGGAUCGAAGGUAGAGGAAAGUCGGUGGUGUGCGAGGCGAUUAUUCCGUCGGACAUCGUGAAGAAAGUAUUAAAAACGAGUACCCCCGCCAUCGUCGACGUCAACAAUUCCAAGAACAUGAUCGGCUCCGCCGUCGCCGGCAGCAUAGGCGGGUUUAACGCCCAUGCCGCCAACAUUGUGACCGCCGUCUUCAUCGCGACGGGCCAAGACCCGGCGCAGAACAUCGGCAGCAGCAACUGCAUGACGCUGAUGGAGCCGUGGGGGGACGACGGAGAAGACUUGUAUAUAUCGUGCACUAUGCCGUCUAUAGAAAUCGGAACGGUGGGUGGAGGCACUGUUCUUCCGGCUCAAUCGUCCUGCUUGGAGAUGUUGGGAGUCAAGGGGCCGAAUCCGGACUGUCCGGGAGAAAACGCGAGUCGGCUGGCGCGGAUUGUCUGCGGGACGGUCUUGGCAGGCGAGCUAUCCCUCAUGGCGGCACUCACGGCAGGCCACUUAGUCAAAAGUCACCUUAGACACAAUAGAUCUUCAACCACAAUACCCGAAGAAUUUAAUCGGAUGUACCUCACUCCUCCUUGUAAGGAUAAAUGUUAAAGUGAUUGUAGCUUAUUUUUGUUUGUACUUACGCUUGAGUAAUUUAAUUUUAUAUGUAUAUGUAAGAAUGUUUUUGCCACGUCAGAAUCAUAUCCUCAGGUUGUCAGAGCGUAUUUAUUGAUGUGAUUGUUUACAUGUACUUGGCAACAUAAAGGUUCUUUACGUUAGUAGGAUGUUAUUCAAAUUGAUGUAAUUAUUGUAAAUAAAAAUUUUAUAAUAAAAA